GCAAACUGGCUGACGUUUCUCCUGUAAGGGUACAGGGUUCAAAGCACAUUUUGGGGGGGAAAAAAAGCAUAGUACAAGGAAUGCCUGCAAACCAAGCUGCCUCAGAAUAGCCCUGCUUAGUGGUAUCAUCACCCCUCCCAACUUUUUUCCUGUCUUGAUUGGCUGUCUAUACACAGGUGAGCAGGAAGUCUUUUAUUAUGCCAGCAUGAUUGACAGAUAUACACUAGAGGCAUGUGUAUGUGCGUUCCCUCCCUUAAAGGGUGAGGUUCAUUUUAAUGAUUGUUCUUUAUAGCCGAUGAGAUGGGAGGAGAAACAAGAGGGCAAAAAGAGCUUCCUGGGUUCUCUGAAUUUGAAUUAUGGGCCUUGUAAUAGGAGACAAAAGGACAUACCUGAACCAGGUCCUUUCCUGAAUUCUUUAACAACAAGGGGUGCUAUUCAAAAGAGGGGGUGGAUAUCUAUGACUUUGAUAUUAUGUAGGGAGGAAAAUGUAUCGGGAGCAGGAUCUCAGGGGUGAAACAGAUGGGGCACCAUGUUCUGGAUGAACAGGGGUUAAGAGUCCGGAUUCUUGGUUUCUGAGGGUAGGGCAGAGUUAAUUCCUCUGAUAUCUGAGUUUUGGUCCCUCCCCUUCCGAAACUGGUUGGACAGCUUUCCUGGGUUUCUUACCUGGGCCACUCCUCCUUUCUUCCUGAGACCUGAGCAGGCCGCUCACCUUCCAGUUGCCCUUCCCUUCCCUUCUCUCUGUUUGUAGAUCAAACAUUCCUCAUCUUCCUCACGCUCCCUUCCAAUUGCCCUUUCUUUGCACUUACCUGCGACUUGCUUUUUUUAUUUUUCUGUAGCUCUUUUUAAACCUUCCUUCUAAGCUAUCUCUCUCUAUCUUUCUCAAAACUUGACAAAAAUAAAGUGAUCCUGUUCAAGCGGGCGCCCCAACCUGAUGGGUUCCUCGGGACUUGGCCGUUGCCGGCUGGCACUGGCGUUUGCCGUGCUUAUGGACGCUGCGGGCACGGGGGCCCUGCUGACGGGCAUCUUUGCCAGGCUCCGGCUCCGGGGCCGCGAUUUUGGGGACCUUUUGAUCUACUCUGGAGCAGUGCUCGUGUUCCUGAGCCUACUGGGCUGGAUCAUGUGGUAUACAGGCAAUAUUGAAAUUGCACCUGAAGAACUGGCAAGGGAUUAUAGUGCCAAGAGAGGCACACUGGCCCGGCUUGCCAGGAAGAUCUCCCGGACGUGGUCUCGACGCCAAGGGAAUGGGUUGGCCAUGAGGACAAUAUCCAGCAGCCGGGAAGCCGCUUAGAGGAGCAAAGAACUGGACACAUGCUGGCCUCAUACUUCUUUCUGAGUGUUGAGUAGCUGGAAUCCAAAGGGAUUAAAUGACAAAUUCUACUCGGCUCCCCUGAGAAUUAACUAAGGUCGUAUCCAAAUUUGUUGGAGGUACUCUUUGAGUGUAAAAACCGGAAGAAGAAGAAAAAAC